CGCGCUCAUAAAUCCCUAUAGUACACAACCGAUAUAGAUUCAACGACCCAACUUCAGUCUAUCACCCAGGAGAGGGACCUAGAUGAGUUCCUGAGUACUGCAACGCUUGCUGGAACCCAGUUUACCGCUGGUAUGUGCAUAGGCCUACAUUAUUGUGCUCUACCUAAUUCUGCUGUAGAAAGGCGCAACGUGAAGAUCAUCAGCCAGCCUGUAGGCACAAAGCACAACCCCUACCUCUUGACGGAUGAAGAGGAAAAGAGUACUCUGCGCAAGCACGCGGAAAAUAAACAACGCCUGCGUGUUCCCAGACGUCCGCCAUGGACGAAGGCCAUGACUACUGCACAGCUCGAUCGUCAAGAAAAGGAUGCCUUCUUGGAUUGGAGAAGAGGUCUUGCGGAGCUCCAAGAGCGCGACAGCCUUCUUCUUACGCCGUUCGAGCGGAACAUCGAAGUCUGGCGGCAGCUUUGGCGAGUAUUGGAGCGCUCGCACCUUAUUGUUCAGAUUGUCGAUGCGCGUAAUCCUCUUCGGUUUCGUUGCGAGGACUUGGAAAGUUACGUGCACGCUGUUGAGGGUCCGGAGGGCGAGGCAGGCACGGGCAAGGGCAAGCGUAAAAGCUUGCUUUUGAUCAAUAAGUCGGAUCUGCUUACUGCUAAGCAGCGGCGGCAGUGGGCAGAUUACUUCGACUCCCAGGGUAUCCAGUACGCUUUCUUUUCGGCAGCAAAUGCCACGGCUUUGCAAGAGGCACGAAGGAACGCCAUUGCCGCAGAGCAAGCUCGUCAGGAAGCUAAGGCGGCUGAGGAGGUGUGGCAGCAACAGAGAGAUGAUGACGAGGGGGGCAACACCAUGGAGUCUGAGCAGCCAAAUGACGGCACAGAGUCUCGUUCUGCUGCACCCUCUCCUGAUACUCCCCUUGCCUCUGAGGGAGAGCUUGAUUCAGAACAAGACUACUCUUCCGAGUCCGAUGUUGACGAACAGCUCCUUAUGAGCGAAGACGAUACUGAGGAUGGGCGGGAUCCAAGGGCCAGAGUACUCUCCGUACUCGGGCUUGAAGAUCUCUUUGUCAGGACAGCCCCAGACCUCAAAGAGUUCACCGAUUCAAGUGGCCAACCUCCCUCGAAACUAGUUGUCGGCCUUGUUGGUUAUCCCAACGUCGGUAAAUCAAGUACAAUCAACUCGCUUAUUGGUGAGAAGAAAGUCAGCGUGUCGUCGACACCUGGCAAGACUAAGCAUUUCCAGACGAUCCAACUCUCGCCGACGCUCGUCUUGUGCGACUGUCCUGGUCUCGUCUUCCCGCAGUUUGCCACCACACGCGCUGAUCUUGUCUGCGAUGGUGUCUUGCCUAUCGACCAGCUGAGAGAACACACCGGCCCUACUUCGUUGGUUGUAAAGAGGAUCCCCCGGGACGUUUUAGAAGCGACGUAUGGUUUAACCUUCAAACCCAAGACCGCCGAAGAAGGCGGGGAUGGCAGGAUUACCGCAGAAGACUUGCUCAUUUCGUACGCUGUUGCGCGAGGCUUUACUCGGUCUGGUCAAGGUAACCCAGAUGAAGCGCGUGCAGCACGCCACAUUCUCAAGGAUUACGUCAACGCCAAGUUGCUUUACUGCCACCCACCUCUUGGCGUGGCAGAGGACGAGUUCAACGAGGAGACUCGUCGGAUAGCCCUGUACAGGUUCGCUGACAAGAAGCGUGCCCCUACAACCCGUGUCGUCAAGAAGGCGGACACCUUUAUUGCCUCUCAGCAGCCAGCUCAGAAUAUCAAGAUGGGGCACAGAUCACAGCGGGUAGACCAGGAAUUUUUCGCGACCAACUCCAACGCGUCGCUCUCGUCACGUCCGUUCGUUGCCGGCGCCGUCCGUGGCGGCCAGGAGUUUACACGGUCGAAGUUAUACCCUCAUCAAAACGCUAUCGCGGACGACGGCACUCCUUUGAGCGGUAGGAGGGCGCGGAUAGCUUCAGUACUUGCGAGUGCAGGAGAGGAGAUUGCUCCUGGGAAGAAGCAUCAUAAGAAGAUGAAGCGAGUGAAGCAGCGAAGUGGUAAAGGUUACGACUGAUAUGUCUCUGGCCAACGGCUGCAUGUAUCUCUUAUGUGAUACUGUAUCUUUAGGUUUCUUCGAGUCCAACCGACUUCCCCUCCUGCCAUAUCGCUGCCGGGGCUGACGCGCGAGUCACGGUCACGUCCGUGACAGCUAUAUUAGCGGUACGUGCUCGCGUCUCCGCGAUCUAUCUCUCCUCCUUCCUUUACGCCUCGCGUCGUUGCCGACCUUCACUGUAAUCUAAGGCGCGCCUUGAGGGUGCUACUAAAACCAUGCCGUCCGCCAGCAGAUCACCAUCAGAGUCUGUCGUAACUACUACUCAGAACAAAACAGCUCGCAUAGGGGGCUCGACUGUAUGCGCUAAAUUAUGCACUGUCUUCGAGGGACGCAAGGAAGUCUUGUUACUCAGCAUCGAUUGUCCUCUCGUUAUUGGUCGGAACCCCGCAGUUUGCAUACAAUCCAGUCAUGGCAGCAUUAUGGUAUCCUUGCAAGACUUGUCAUCAAAUGGGAUACAUAUCAAUAGUAUAAGGAUACGGAAGACGGCGGUGCUCCUCAUGGACGGAGAUCUUAUCCAAAUUGCUUCGAGAAAAUUUGAAUGCGCACACACUCUUAGUGCACCUCCUCAGCGUGUGCAUUUCUUCGAUCCGACACCACGAGACGACGAACUGCAGCAAAUCGGCCGCUAUCUCCUCACAUCUCACUGCUUGGGCUCUGGUAGCUUUGCGAUUGUACACCUAGGCAUGGACUCCAGUCAUUCCUCGUAUAAACAAGUCGCUUGCAAAAUCAUCAAGAGGAAAAAAGGACAGAAAAUGGAAAAAUUAAUGAAAGAAGUUCGCAUACUCACUGCGCUUAGCCACCCGUCAAUCAACCGGGUCUAUGACGUUCACAAUGAUGAGACAUUUCUAUACAUCUUCCUCCAGCUGUGCACUGGUGGCGACCUCUUUUCGUACAUCGUAAAUCACAAGGAUCCUGCAGGUCGUCUUUACGAAGGCGAGACGAAGUAUAUAAUGUAUCAACUCAUCCUAGGACUCAAGUAUCUGCACGACAAGUGUAUAUCACAUCGCGUCUAUGCUAACCUAUCGGCUGCGUGCAACUAUAAGCCCGAGAACAUUCUUCUGUACGCUCCCGGCCCCUAUCCGCACAUCCAGAUAGCAGACUUCGGUUUGGCCCGGCGCAAGUCUUACGAAGAGACUUUUAAUGUCUGUGGUACUGUUUCUUACUUGCCACCGGAAGGCAUUCUCGCGCUCGAGAACAAAGAUCUCGGCUAUGUCGGCAUGCCUGCAGACUGCUGGAGUGCGGGAGUGCUUCUCUAUAUCAUGCUGUCGUACGUCACAUCUAUAUGCUAUUCGUCCAGCUGUUCAUCCACCUGACAGCGGUCACCAUCCUUUCGACUACGGCGAGCUUGCUGGCGGGUCCGAAGAGGAUUCUCAACCUCUAGUGUUAAAGUCGUGGGAAGAAAAGCUGUCCAUGAGUUAUGUCCGGAACGACAGACGAGUCCGACGAAGGAUCGUCGACGAUGAGGUGGAGUUCGCCCCAGAGCUUUGGGACCCUCUGGAAACUGGUAAGUUAUGAUAUACUUUUCGGGUUUCGUAGUGCGCCAUUUGGCUUCACUAUGCUAACAAUCUUAGUAGCUCGUACACUCUGCCUUGGACUUCUGGCUUACGACGCUGCGCUGCGCUGGACGAUACACGACGCUUUCAGAAGCCCUUGGAUCCAGUGCGAUCUGGAAGAGCUUGCUGGUGUCCAUCAGCGACGAGUCGGCGACGGCAAAGAUUGAACCUUCUUCGAUCUACCUGGACCUCUCUGCUCGGUCUCUGGCGCAUGCUGAUGUGCUCCCUCCUUCGACUGCGUUCUUUCGUCCCAUGCUUCUGCCGCCUUUCACGUCCUCCAACAUUGCAAGGCACAGUCAAGUUAUAUCACAACAUAAAUUGUCGAUUGAUACAUGUCUUCCAGCACUUGAUGUGUUUGUACAGCUCGUUGUUAUCACUUUCCGCGUAAUUUACUCUAUGCCUUCAAGAAGUUGGCGUGGACUGAGAGAGUAACGGUCAGCGAGCCG